AUGAAAGAAAAAUAUGAUCAGUUUGCAUUACAGGUGAAUGGACCAGAUGGAGUUCUCCAGAAUGGAGCAAUUGAUGAUGCCGUUGCCAAAGCAAGUCAGUUAUUACCGGAACUGAACUUUGAGGAGGAUGAAGAGGAUACAUACUACACAAAGGAUCUUCCUUUGCAUGCCUGCAGUUAUUGUGGAAUUCAUGAUCCAGCCUGUGUCGUUUACUGCAACACCAGCAAGAAGUGGUUCUGUAAUGGCCGUGGAAACACCUCUGGCAGCCAUAUUGUAAAUCACCUGGUGAGAGCCAAGUGCAAGGAAGUGACUCUUCACAAAGAUGGGCCAUUGGGAGAGACGGUCCUGGAGUGUUACAAUUGUGGUUGCAGGAAUGUGUUCCUCCUGGGUUUCAUCCCUGCCAAGGCUGACUCUGUGGUGGUGCUGCUGUGCAGACAGCCAUGUGCCAGUCAGAGCAGCCUGAAAGAUAUCAACUGGGAUAGCUCUCAGUGGCAACCACUAAUCCAGGACCGUUGCUUUCUGUCUUGGUUGCUUGAUGUUGUCCUGGAAACCAACCUUGCUACAAUUCGUGUGCUUGAGAGCGUCCAGAAAAAACUAACACGGAUGUCUCCGGAGGAUCAGGAUAAAUAUCGUCUAGAUAACUGUCUGGGAGGGACAUCAGAGGUCAUCCACCGCAGAGCCAUCUAUCGUAUUUACGGAGAUAAAGCACCCGAAAUAAUUGAUGGACUUAAGAAAAAUCCGGCCACAGCUGUCCCUGUUGUGCUGAAAAGAUUGAAAGCCAAGGAAGAAGAAUGGCGGGAGGCACAACAAGGAUUCAACAAGAUCUGGCGGGAGCAGUAUGAGAAAUCCUACCUGAAAUCGCUGGAUCACCAGGGGGUUAACUUUAAGCAGAAUGACACCAAGGCACUACGCUCCAAGAGUUUGUUGAAUGAGAUUGAGAGUGUUUAUGAUGAGCGUCAAGAGCAGAAUUCCGAGGAGGGCUGUCCAGGUGUCAGCGGCCCCCACCUGAUGUUCGUCUAUGAGGAUAAACAGAUUAUGGAGGAUGCUGCAUCUCUGAUUAUUUAUCACGUGAAGCGACAGCCAACCAUUCAGAAGGAGGACAAGGAUCACAUCAAGCGUAUCAUCUACCAUUUUGUGCCCGACCUGUUCUUUACCCAGCGUGGUGAACUGAGUGAAUCUGAGGAUUCAACAGACGAUGAGAUGGAGAGUGUUCCUCGGCACAGUCAGGGCAGCAAUGCAGAUACUGGGCAGAAAGGUACAGCUUCUCCACAGAGCAGCGUGGCUGAGGAGCGGCUUGACCUGCGAGACCAAGUGGCAGAAUAUCAGAAGAACCUGGAUGACGUCUACAAUCUCUUCUUUGUAAAUAAUAAUUGGUACUUUUUCCUAAGGCUGCAUCAGAUUCUGUGCUACCGGCUGCUGCGCAUUUACAGACAGGCUGAGAAGCAGCUGCUGGAAUAUCAAAUGGAGAAGGAGAAGGAGAAACAAUUACAGGAUGGGAGGAAAGAGAAAGCAAGUGAUCCCGCUGUGGAGCUCAGGCUCAAACAACAAAGUGAGAUUGAGUUGGAGGAGUAUUACCCAGCCUUUCUGGACAUGGUGAGGAAUUUGUUGGAUGGGAACAUUGAGCCCACACAAUAUGAAGACACGUUGCGUGAAAUGUUCACCAUCCAUGCCUAUAUUGGCUUCACAGUUGAUAAACUGAUUCAGAACAUUGUACGGCAGCUACAGCAUCUGGUGAGUGAUGAUGUGUGUGUGCAGGCAACUGAGGUUUACCUGAGUGAGAGGAAGCGAGGUGCAGCUGGAGGUAGUUUGUCCUCCCAGUGUGUCAGAGCGACCCUGGAAGCAGCCUACCAGCUGAAGACUGAGCGCAUCAUGCCUGAUGAAAAUUGCUUCAAGAUUAUGUUUAUCCAGAGCAAAGGACGUGUUUCUAUGACAAUUGAGCUGUUGGACACAGAGGAAGCCCCUUCUGAUGACCCCCUGGAGCUGCAGAAUUUAACAAGCUAUAUGGAGCAGUAUGCAGGCCCAGAGGCAAUGCAGUUUGAUCAGACAGAUGGAUUCUUUUACAAGCCAGUGUUUUUACCCAGAAACCUUCGAAAAUUUCGAAAAUGGCAGCAGAAGCAGUUUCUGUCAAUGAGAAACGAGAGCAGGAACAACAAGCAAUGCUGUGUCGGAGUGGAGAACUCAAACAACAUUGACUGCAAGUUUAAACUGAACACUCACAAACUUGUGUAUGUCAUGAACUCUGAAGACUUCAUGUAUCGCUGUGGAGCAUUGCACCGUGCUCGCGAGUCUCAGUGCCAGGUUACCCGACAUCAGCACCAGCAGUUUCUGGAAUGGCACAACCGCUGGCUGGAGGAUCAUGUGACUGACGAAAUGGGCGAGCUUGUCCAAGAUUGGCUGAUGGGCGAGGAUGUUGAGGACCUGAUCCCUUGUAAAACCAUUUGUGAAUCUGACACCAUUCAUGAGAUUCCAGUCAAUAGAUACCGCGUGCAGUACAGUCGCUGUCCUCCGUCACCGUGAGACAUUUCAGUACACACUUGUGCUUACACAUUCUCACAACGCAGUCAUAAGUGUGCUGCGUGGCCAUAUCUGCUCCAUACAUGAUGUUUAAGGCUGGUGAGAUGAUUGCGUUAGCUGCUUGACUCCUGUAUAAGAGAAUGAUCGUUGCAGCCACCAAUCUGCUGACCACAGCCAGUAUUAUCAAUGAUGAAAUGCACUUGACGUGAAUCUACUUGUGAUUCUUGACCCCACUCUCUCCUUUUCACCUUCCCACUGCACCCCCCACCUCCCCGUCCGCCACCAAUUGCCGUUUCCACAUCCCAGUGUCUCGCCACAGAUUGGUCAAACUUUGUUACACUGCAUGAUAUAUUUUCCGUGAUGCACAGCUUGCUGAUAUGUGCACUGAGAUCCUAUGAGGAUAUGGACAGAAGCAACUGGGCUACAGGACUGGUAAGUGAUAACUCACAUGGUCUCCAGCUAUUGCCCCCCUUCUCUCCCCUAUCCCCCGAAAGAGAAACAAGCUUAAAGAUGUUCACCUCUUCUACCUGGUAUAUAUCUGGUGAAACCUUUAGGAUACGAAUAAAAAGCAGUGAGCAUUUGUGAAUCUGUCAAAUCGUGAGGCUCUGCAUUGACCUGAACAGUCAGAUUUCAGGAUGAGCUGCUGUUACAGGUGGAAUCUGCAUCCGUUGGAGGCAUCAUUCAAUUCUGAAGCAGCUCUACUGAGGCCAUGAGCUCUGCACUAAUUUUAACUCAUCCGGAUCCACACACAGUCCAGACUUGAAUGAACCCCAGGAGUCGCCAAGUGCUAAGACCUGUCGCUUUCUCAAUUUGCAGCCUUCAGCCUGUAGUAAACAUUGGGGACUGUUUGUGAGCUGUGCUGUGCUAAUGUGAGGCAUUGUUCUAGUCUGUACCUGGUGUUCAGUGUUUCUGUCUGAAAGGCAGCAUUGCUGUUCUCAGUGUACAGGAGCCAAGUUAAUGAGGGUUGAGGCUGUGAACUUACAAACUGAAUCAAAGCUACAAACUGAAGUAUAAAUAAAAGUAGUGUGUGUGUCUUUGUGAACUGAACCCAGUCUAGGUUGUGUUCAAACUGCCACUUGUUCAGAACUGCACUGAGUUCACUCUGGCUGCAUUGAGAAGGCUCAUGGAGAGGGUGUCAGGAACCUGUAUCUCAGUACAUAGGACUGUUCUGAUUCUGUGAUAUUCACAAUGACAUUUGUUUGAACUCAUGUCUCAUUUUCUCUGAAGCUGUGUUGUGUAUGAACGGAUACUGUACCUUGUCCUCUUGAGUGAGAAAAAGGGGUGGGCUGAGGAUCAGGUUCUGGAAAGGCAGAAACAAACGUGUUGAUGUAUUAACUGCCUGAUGUUCAGGGGGUUAUUUUAUGACAGGAUUAUGGAAAGGUUUCAAAUUUCAGACUCUUUCCCUUACAAAACUAUCACUGUGUUUGAAUUGGUGUCUUACUGGAAAUUUGCCCUACGGAUAAUAUUUUAUUGUUGGAUUUGUAUCUAUAAGCAUCUCCUCGGGAUUUUGAACUAGUCAUCAUCUUCAUCCAAGAGAUGUUCUUGUCUUGUUUAGCUUCAGGAUGGUAAGUUGAGAGAGUCUUUGGGAGCUGGAACCGUUCCCUGUGCCCCCACCCAUGUCUCUGCCCAGCUGCCUGAUUGACAAAUCCUUGGUUCAAGCUAUGUUAGCUGUUCUCUGUCAGGGUGGGAUACAAAGUUAAGUUGAGAUGGGUUGGGGUGUGGUGGAAUGGAGGUGCAGCCAGAUCAUUCACUAUCCACUCACCUUAACAGGUAAGGUGUUUGUGCAAAUGUUAAGUGAGCACAGAAUUGGUUUUGAGUGGAAUUUCUGCAAAUGGUGGAACAUUUCGCUGGCACUCAGUGUCUAGCUUAAUGCUUGAAAGAAUGGCCAUUGGUGAGGUACAUGGAGGAGGGCACUGCGAGAGCACUGUUGAAGUAUAACAAGAGAUGUAGGUUUUUGUGAAUGUGCUGGGGCUGAAUGUUUUGGUGCUGGUCACCUCGUUGCCUGAGGUUUGGUGCUGAGCUUACUGCCUCACAGCACCCAGUGCUGUUUUGUUCCUGCAUGGGCGACCCUGCUGCAGUCUCCGUGCCAGCACUGUGUAUGACAGCUUGGCUGGGGGGUUGGUGUGGGCAGGGGCUGUACACGGUGGCUCAGUCGGUGUGGUAGUGCCUGACUGGGAAAGGCUGGAGUUGGCUUGAUGAUGCUGAGCAGGUGGUGCGGUGCACCGUGGCUGCCUCCUGAAGUCACUGUUGCACAUUGUCCCUCCCGGGGGGCCAGGCUGGGACAUCCCACCCCACCCCUGGGGGCUGCCCCGAGUAUCUGACCCAUUCCCGGGGGCUGCCCCGAGUAUCUGACCCCCACCCCACCCCCGGGGGCUGCCCCGAGUAUCUGACCCCCACCCUACCCCCGGGGGCUGCCCCGAGUAUCUGACCCCCACCCCACCCCACCCCCGGGGGCUGCCCCGAGUAACUGCCCCCCGCGGGCUGCCCAGGAUACCCCACCCCCGUGUAUUGACAGUGCCUCGGUCUGCUGCGUGCCCCAUUGAGAAGGGUUCAUACACAACUGGAUCUUGAUGUUGCUUUUUAAAUAAAGAAUUGAAAUGCACUAAGCUGCAUGCUCAGUUGGGAGUGAGCGGGGGGGGUGGGGGGGAGUGGAGAUGGAGCUUCGGGGGUCGAUGUGAGGACUCCCCCACCUCCACCCCCCCUGCACCAGAAGCACUGAAGCAUUCUGCUUUUAUUUAUUCCUUUUAGGAGGAGGGCGGAUGCUCUCCGAUUGACUGCCUGGAUCGCAGCCCCGCCCCAGCCUGCAACUUUGCUGGGGCUGGGGGAGAUGCAGAGUUUCAUGGACUGGAGUUAUGCUGCAGGGUGAGAGGCCAUGAGAGUGUACUCAAACUGCCGGGGGGUGUCGGGGGGUGGGAAGCUGAGGAGCGGUUGGAGGUGACAGACAUCGAUUGCCACGCACACCAAGUCUUUUGGUAGCAGGCUAGCUGCUGCAUUGUUGCCUCGUUACAAUGAGAAAUGUUCAUUUUGUUCUUAAUGUGUGUGAAACAAUUGAUGUGAUUUUAAUUGUGAUCUAAAUCUAUUGAAUGAUCAAUGUUUAAAAAGAAUCAUUUGGUGUCCAUUCUGUGCUGAGUCUGUUUUUGCAAAAGAUGGGUUAGGGUUAUUUGUAAGGGCAUCUUUACCCAAACUUUCUCUACAUUAAACUUUACUCCUGCUCCAGUGAGAACCCCCUUUCAGAUGGGCUGCAAUCUGCCCAAGGGGGUGUGGUUCCAACUGGGGGAAGGGCUGUCUCCCUGACAGAGGGGUUUCACUGAAGGGAGGGAUGCCUGUUCCCACCAGGUAGGGCCCUCACUGGGCGAGGUCAGAGGGUCCUGUGGCUUAAUGCCUAAGAACGUUGAAGUUAGUACUGCCUGUAGACCAUGAUUAGUUCUGACUGAUUUUGGAACUGCAAGCAAUAUGGUGUGACAGAGAUUCACAAUUCCAAUUCCUUGUGUUGCAAUGUCCCUUGCUCUUUGGAAACAGCAUUGUACUUUCACUCAAAAUAAUAAAAGAGAAAUGGAUUGUUCCUGGAA